CUCCUACCAAUGUAGCCUAAACCCUUAUUCUCUCUCUCUCUCUCUCUCCUCACUUUCUCUUGGCUGCUGUUGUCCCCUUCACAGUACCUUCUCCUUGCUGGUGCACUUUACAACACCAUUUGCAUUCUGAACUGUGCCCUCUCAGAACUCGCAUCACUAACUCGUGACUUUCUCAAGAACGACACAAUAGUAUGGGGAAAAAAGGAGGUAGAAGUCAUCAGAAGAAAGAAGGAAAAAACUCUAAAACAAGCUCUCAACACAAGCGUGAUGCUUAUUCUUAUUCCAGUGACGACAUGGAUGAUGAGAUUGAUACAUUUCAUAAGCAGAGGGACAUUGUCCCCCUUAACAUAAAUGAUGGUACUGAAGAGUCAGAUGAAGAUGAGGAGCUUCCCAUUUUUGAUGUUAAGGAUGUUGAUGAGUAUGAUGAAGAUGAUGAUGAUGACGAUGAGGAAGAUGAUGAUGAUGAUGAGGAGGAAGAUGAUGACGAUGAAGAAGAUGAUGGGAAUGGCCAUUUGGCAAAAAUGAUCAGGCAAAGGAAAUACUUACGUUCAAAGUUUGGGGGAGGUGAUGAUACAAUUGAUGAUGGUGAUGAAGAUGAGGAUGAGGAUGGUUAUAAACUUACUUUAGGUGGGAAAAAAUUCUCACAUGGUGCUGAAAAUCGUAAUUUUGAGCUUCAAUCAAGUGAUGAUGAGGCCCCCAAAGAAGAGGAAGAAUUGGCAUUACAAAUACAAAGGGAGAAGGCAAAAUCCUUGACAAUGGAAGACUAUGACCUUGUGGAUUUAAGUGAAGACAAAGAUAAUGGGAAAUUAACUUUGAAGGAGGCAUCAGAUAAAGGAAACGAAGCAAUAAAGCCACUGGAUAGGGAUAUAAUUUUCAGUGUUGAUGAAUUGAAUUCUUUGACAAAGGAGGAGCAAAUGAAUGUUUUAUAUAGGUCUGCUCCAGAAUUAGUUGGUUGGUUGUCUGAACUAAAUGAGGCACACAAACAACUUGAAUGUGAAAUUAAUCCAUUUUUAAGCAAGGUUUUUGCUCUUCUACCUUUUCUUUUCUGUUAUCCUUGA